GUGAAUGAGGCGUGCGCCGGCAGCCGAGCGCCUCUCCGAGCUGGGCUGUCCCCCGCGGGGCGGGCGCCAGGAGCCGCCUUUUCCGCUGGGUGUCACUCGGGGGUGGAGAGGAUGGUCCAUUCAAAAGCGCCGUGAGGGGGCCCGGCCAGUAGCCGUCAGUGAGCGCUCGCAGGAGGACGGCGGAGGCCAGGCAGCCGGCUGCUCCGGGACCUUGCGGCGCAUCAGGAAGCGGCUGCCCCUCUGCCCGGACCCAGAGCCGCCGCCGCCGCCGCUCUGCCUGCUGCGCGUUAGCCUCCUCUGUGCGCUCCGGGCAGGUGGCCGUGGGAGCCGCUGGGGCGAGGACGGCGCGCGGCGGCUGCUGCUGCCCCCGGCCCGGGCGGCUGGACGCGGAGAGGCCGAGCCGAGCGACGUGCCCCCCUAUGCCGGGAGGAUGUUGGAGAGCAGCGGCUGCAAGGCGCUGAAGGAGGGGGUGCUGGAGAAGCGCAGCGACGGGCUCCUGCAGCUCUGGAAGAAGAAGUGCUGCAUCCUCACCGAGGAGGGGCUGCUGCUCAUCCCGCCCAAGCAGCUGCAGCACCAGCAGCAGCAGCAGCCCGGGCAGGGGCCGGCCGCCGACCCGUCCCAACCCGGGGCCCCCGCUGUCGCCGGCCUCGAGCCGCCCGUCAAGCUCAAGGAAUUGCACUUUUCCAACAUGAAGACCGUGGACUGCGUGGAGCGCAAGGGCAAGUACAUGUACUUCACUGUGGUGAUGGCCGAGGGCAAGGAGAUCGACUUUCGGUGCCCGCAGGACCAGGGCUGGAACGCCGAGAUCACGCUGCAGAUGGUGCAGUACAAGAAUCGGCAGGCCAUCCUGGCGGUCAAGUCCACGCGGCAGAAGCAACAGCACCUGGUCCAGCAGCAGCCCCCGCAGUCGCAGAGCCAGCUCCAGCCUCAGCCGCAGGCACAGCCUCAGCCGCAGGCACAGCCUCAGCCGCCACCCCAGCCCCAGCCCCAGCCCCAGCCCCAACCCCAGCUCCAGCCCCAGCCUAAGCCCCAGCAAUUCCACCCGUACCCGCAUCCGCAUCCACACCCGCACUCGCACCCACACCCUCACCCUCACCCACUCGCGCUCCCGCACCAACCGCCGCACUCGCACUCGCAGCCGCACGGGCACCGGCUCCUCCGCAGCACCUCCAACUCUGCCUGAAGGGGGCAGUACCCGCGCCAGAGCAGGUUUUGAGGACUUGAGGAAGUGGGGUGAGAGCACGUUUCUAUUGUCUUCACUGGGAUCGCACGCAGAAGGUCUCCCCGCCCCGCACCAGAUCCAGUAGCUUGGACCUUGUCCCACCCGUAACUUGGGGUCGCUCUUGGCUUUCCCCAUACUCUCAUCACGAAGCAGGAGACGACGUCGGGAAGACUUACUUACGAACCUUUGAAAGGAUCUUUUAGCACGGUGGACCUUUUUAGGAGCGAUGAUGUACUGUAAUUUUAUUUUAAUGUAUUUUGAUUUGUGAUUAUUUAUUAGUUUUUUUUUUAAGAAAAUAUAACUUGUUCUGAGACAUUUCUGAAUGUAGGCCGUUUUCCAGAAAGGAAAGUUUAUUUUCGAAAACCUAUCCCUUAGCAAGUCCAAAUCUUGGAAAAGAAAAAGGAAAAAGGAUGGUGGAGGGGAAACACGGAGCAUCCAUGCCUGAUUCCUAGGGCAUUUUCAGAGGGUUUGGCCUUUCCUUGUUCGACCAGGAGGUUAAAAUUAAACUGAUACGACUUUUCUUGAGGUUUUUGUUUUUCCUUAGGCAUAGUUUUAUAGAACGGAAGUUUUAAAAAACUAAAAGUUUAGAAUUGUGUGAUUAUGAAAAAUCGACUGCUGGAAGAGACUGCUCUUCAGAACAGAAAUCGGUAGAAAGGAUCAUCUGACUUCAGAAUGUAUCCAACGUAACCCACCUGAUGGCUAGAUGCUCUUCUCUUGAGGAUGUGGUGGGACUGGUGUACUGUAGGAAGGGGGUUGCUUACCUCAUCGGUGUGUGAAGGUUUUGACUAUUUACAGAUACGAGUACGUCAGAUGUUCAUUUCCAAAACUGUAGGUGGGAGAUAAGAGAAUCAUUCAGUCUGUUUGAGAGAGUAUUUGUGUCCUGUCGACAAUAACACCCUUCUCCAGGAGCUUUGCAUACUUGAGUUGUACCACAAUUUCUGAUCUUCCACUUUGUUCUAGAAGCAGCACACAGAAGGAUCUCCUAGUUUAACAUACAGCUUGUAUAUAUCUCAAAGGGCUGGGAGCUACAAUUUUGUUUUCCUACUGAAAAUAAUGUUGAUUGGAGAAACCGACUGUUUUGCUUUUUAUUGCUCUGUGAGAAAUUUGAGGGUUAUGCAUUCUGUUGUUAGGUUAGCUAAACUUAGAAACUGAAAAAGGAAGGAGUGGAUAAACACUGGGUUUUCAGUAAGAAAACAACCCCAGUCUGUUUUAGUAGCCACUUGUUCAGUAGUCUGUGGGGGGGAAAAGAGGAUGUGCUUUUCAAGGUAGAACAAACCCUCUUCUGUGUGGAGUCAAAAUCCACAAGGGCAGAUGCUACUUAAGUUGAAACAGAGCCAUGGAUGAUAGCAAAUCCUCCUGGGGCUGAGAAUCACUUCCUAUCUGCAUGGCUGAAGCGGUCUCUGGUUUACAAAGUCUUAGUCAGUGUUUUUCCAGCAUCCUAACUGAAAUAGUUAGUCUUAGACCACUGGGAAGCUUUGUAGUCAAGCAAUGGAAACAGAGCUGCAUGCUAGAAAUGUCUUCAUUUGCCUGCCAUCUAGAAAGGAGUUUCAAGGUGAAAUUACUUUUUUAGUGUAAUAUUUAAGUGAUGAAAUUUGAGAUCAUAUCUCUUAGCCAGAAAGUUGCAGGGAAAAUUGAAGCUUGAGCAAAUGGUAAGGAAAACUGAAGGGGGCUCCCGCUUCCAGGACACUGUGAACAUAGGCUGCCAAGGCUUAAAAACUGCCUAGCCUCUACCUUUCUCGAUCUGUGGCAACCCAGAAAGAUCUAAGGGUUUCUUACUCAAGACUGAUUGGGCUUCCUUUGCACUAGUGCUGUCCUGUUUAAGGAAAUGUCCCAUAAUAUUGUAGUUUACACACAUGCUGAUCAUCAUAAUCCCAGUUGAACCACAGCUUUUUCCAAAUGAAGGGUUUUUCCUUUAAAGUCUUGUGUUAUAAAAGAAAUAAGAUUCCUACCAAAUACUUUUAAAAUGAAGGUUCUUGUAGAGUUUUAAAAGGGCAUUUGUAUAUUGUUAGCUUACUUGCAGGGCUAGGUUGUCUCAGUGCUGGGAAAAACACACCCAGGCUCCUCCUCGCCUGCCGGGCUUUGUUGCUCCUGCAACAGCCAUGGCUUUUAGUGGUGAUACUGAAGUCACAGUUUCUUGUCUUUCCAUAGCCCUGGCUCCUGGUUUUGCUGUGAUAUUUAUGUUGAAUGAGGGUUCCCUAGUCUUAAUCCCUCUUAGCAUUUAACUGUGAAAUCUCAGAGAAGUAGGAUGGUUUUAUUGUUUUGACACUUGGAAUUAUUAUGGUUUAAUAAUUUUUCCAGAGCAAAAGAAAAAAAAAAACAUGCUCGAUAACACUUGAAAAAACAAAAUAUGAAUAUGUAUCAGUUAAUAUCUCAGUGGCUUUAUUCCUCCUGUGAGAAAAUGAUACAAACCACCUAAGGUACUUAGGUCUGUUAGGUCAGCUUCCUUGGAGAAAUGAAAGAGGUGCGAUUACCUUCAGCCCAAGAAAAAUAAGAACAAAAGGGCAGGUUUGCUAGAAAACCUUAAAGAAGUGCAAAAUGUUAAAAGAGUUGGAAAAUUCAAAGGAAUGUCCCAUCUGGAAACUGAACUUUCAUUCCUGAACUUAACCCUGGCUGGCACUGAGCCUUCUGUGCAGUGAGCUCCGUAACUAUUUGUUGGGAGAAAUGAAUGAAAGAAGGAAAAAAUGUGUAACUCCCCAACACCUUGGAGGGGUUUCUCUUGCCUUACUGGGAGCUGCUUCCUGAGGGCUGAUUGUGGCUGAGUAAGCCUUACGAAGCUCCUUAAACACAUAUUCUCAGAUACAGUCCACUUCGCUCUGUCCGUGCCCUACAGGAGUAAGGAAACCAGAAGAGACCCUUUCAAAAAGGAACAUUUUCCUCAUUGAGCAAGCUGGGAUAUUCUAAUCACAUGGAAGCCAAGCCAUCCUUAUAAUUUCAUAUUUUUUUUCCAAUGAUGGUAAAAACCAACCAACCAACAAAAAACACUACCCUUUGCUUAAAAGAGUUUCCUCACUGUUAACACAACCUGUUUGGACUCCUCUUUGUUCUCCUCUACCAAACCCUGCCUUUCUCUUCAAGAGCCCUAAUUUUAAUUCUGAAACUAACCACAUUAGCUACAAGUGUGUGAAUUCAAAUAUGUUGCUUGUCUUCUGACCCCAGGGAAAGUGAUGCCGUUUUAAGUUGGCUGCACACUUGUUAAUAACAUGUGCAAGUAGCAGGCUUGCAAGACGAGUCUGAGAGUUCAGUGAAUCUGAAGCAAGUCCAUAAAACAGAGCUUUGCGUGAUGAGGACAAGCCUGAAAGCAUUUGUUUGUCUUCUUGUAAACUAAUUGGUUUUUGUUUUACCAGUAGAACACCUUCAGUAGAAUAAAAUUUAAAUUUGGAAACUGUAGAUCUUCAUAUUGAAUCCAUCAGUGAUUCUUUGGAGGGAAAUAUACAUACUUACCUAUUGCAACCUCAGAGGUAUUAAUUGUGGAAGUGUAUUGGGUAUCAAUUUUUAAGACUCAUUUCUAAAUUCUUGAUACAGUUUGGAAAGAUAACUCCGAGCUGCAGUGUUGAAGAGCUUAUCAAGAUUUGUGUCAGAGUAGGUGACCCUGCAGGGUUUUCUUAGGGCGUUGUUGUCCAGUGAAGAAAGCAGAAGGACUUCUGGUUGAAAGAAGCAUCUGUACAAACACUGGCGAGACCCCUUCUCCCCAGGGCUGUGAAGCUGUUUUGCUGGUGAUCGCCUGGGCAGUGGGGAAAGCAGGUUUUAAAGAGAGAUAAAACUGUUGUCUGUUACAUUCCAUGGUCAGCCCUCUACCUAAGGUUUCAAAAUACGCAAACAUUAGCUUCUGGAAAGCAAGUAUCACCAUGCACCAAAUGCUUUAGAAACCAUCACACGUUCGUGAACGUAAUAGCGUGGUCUGAAUUUGUGUAAAUAUGUCGGAAAUGAUUUUGGAGAGAUGUGAUUUAUUUUUAAUAUUUUCAAAAUGCAUUCCAUUUCAAAUAAAGUAUCUAUUGAGA